AUGGCUACAAAAAUCCCUGUAACGAAAUACUUCCGGCCGUUUGUGCCACCAUUACCGCCUGGCACGAAAAUUCACAACGAUUUGUAUUGGGAUGUAUAUAUUUAUCGACCCUAUUGUCGUCUCUGGGAGCGUGUAGGGGUCUACUUAUACAAUCGAGUGAUUAAUCGCUUCGAGAUUGGCGUACAAGAUAAAGCGUACAAUGCUCGCGUUCAUGGUCCCUAUUGUCCUUGGAGAUAUUAUGGAACAAAAAAAGAUACAAAAUUGAUGGAUGUGAAAUUAUGCGAUUUGCGUUCGUGGUUUUCGCGUCGUGACAAAUCGAUUGGAGGUAUUGCAUACGCUGCUGUGAAAAGUUUUUACAGAUUCGAACACUACUAUUUCGAUCACUAUCUUAUUAAUCUGCCACGAUUCUUCUUGCGUUUCGUUCUUUUUGCUUAUCUUCUGGGAAUAAUACUUUUCUAUGACGAGAUUCCAGUUUCUGUCGCGAGAUAUCACUGGUGA